AUGAGGAUUUUUCCUUUUGUGUUUAUUUUUCUUGCGACAGUGGUGAUUUCCGGGAAGAAAGAGAAAGCCCUUCGUCGUCGGAGAAGAACUCCCCAGUUGAUUUACGCCGGUGCCAAGUCGGUGCUGGAAGUCGUCGGCACAAUUAUUGGAAUCGUUGUAGGCAUUCAAGAGAACGCAGAGCCUUUCGAUGACUGCCCAGAUGAUACGAUAAAAGAUGAGCUCGAAUUGAUCGAAAUCACAAUGCGCGGAUUUCACGAGCGAAUUCAAGCCUACCAAACGAACUCACAAGAGUUUCAUUGCAAACCGUUUGUGCGAACUGUGAAUAAGAUGAAGAAAAUGAUCGUCCAUAAAACAAAAGGUCUCGAGCAUUUUUGCGACUAUCGUUGGUACUGGAAAAAGCAAGGGUUAUUCAGAUCGAAUACAUUUGAAAGGAUGGGCGCUGACGGGAAUUCAGUAUGCACAUAUCUUUCCAAACCCGGCAGCGAAUGUCAAAGAUGGUUCAAGCAAUACUGUAAAGUUGAAAGACCAUGUCAACCAAGCUGCAAAAACUGCCGACAGAAACUCGAGUACGCUGACCGUCUGAUCAGCUACGCAAGCACGCAGCUGCUGACUUGCCACAUUCCCUUGGAAAACGUAGUGCAAAAAGCUUUGCCUACCAGAACUCUUUCUCUCUCGCUCUCGCCGACAACAAGGCCGACGAAAGGAGAGGAAUUUCCUCCGACUCGACCAACGACUACUACAACUACAGUCUUUUCACCGAAGGAUUCCUGGACGCGAACUCUUGGCACAGUCACUGUCUUUGCUGAUUCAUCGGAUAGUAUGACGAGAAGCGACGAUAAAAUUCGACAAGUUAACGACGUCAUUGGACAAUGGUCAGGGAUUUCACUUCAACAGGGGAUUGGGGAAGUCUUAGUCACGAAAUUCAGCUCCCGUCUACAUCUCUUCUCACGAGCGAAAAUGAAGAGCAACGGGAAGCUGUCUUUCUACGAUUUUACUUUGUCCUCUUUGCAAAGAACUGGAUCUUGGGAUGCUCCAGCGGUUGAAAUAGAAAAAUCGAGCCUGAAAGAUGCGACUACAGAUUGUUUAAACAGCAACUUGCAUCCGAAUGAUCAGAAACUUGGAUGGAAUCAGCAAGAAUACGACGCUUACACCCGAAAAAGUUUGUCAGAUGAGGAAGGUAAAAGCUAUUUCUUCCACUGCCUUUGGGAUCUAUAUCACUACUUUGAACACGCUGAUUUCGACCGCUACGCGCGAGGAACAAUCGUUGUCCUAACAGACGGAGAGAAAUUCGAUGACUUUCCAACCACGUGGUAUAAUCAAGACAGCAAACUUUGGGAGCGCCGCAUGAGACAUUUCAACAAUCACAGAAGAUCGCGUAGCAGAAGAUCGCUUUCCCCAAUGAAAGGAGAACCAGUUUGCGAGCUCUUUGGAAAACUCAGUCGAUAUGUCAAAAAGAUCAUUUGGAUUCUCGUCGUUGAGAAAGACCAGUUUGUCCAGAAAACGAAGUCCGAAUUCAUGAUCAAGCGACUGAUGAAUUUUCACAUCAGCAGAGAUUGCAGAAACUACGACACGAUCGACAUUGAAUUUCAGAUAAACGAUUUCAAUGAUUUUAGCUAA